CGUCGUCGAUCAUGGCCGGCAACGUUCUUUUCGACGCGCGAUCCUACGGAUGACGGCCGAGCCGGUUAACGCCAGUGCUGAAUUUGCUGCAUGGUGGGCGAGAUCCACCGCUGUGUGCAGUGCGGGGUCGACUACGACGCCGACUCAAAUGUCCAAGGCGCUUGCAGCUACCACCCCGUGAGCGACUACAUCUAUGGGUCGUGGGACUGCGUCCUCUCGUGCUGCGGUACCAAACUCUCUUCGUACGACCCGUUCCCAGCAAGCGGCUGCGCCAAGGCCCUGCACGCCCAUGAGCACCACGACACGUUCCCGUACCUCAACCGCAUCGGACACUUUCGCGCAAUGCUGCGCGACCGCGACGAAUGGCUGCGUCUCGAGCAGGACGACUACACGGUCGCCGCGGACGGCAGCGACAUUGCGUGCCGCGUCUCGGGCCACGUCGGACGCCUCCGCGACGGCGAGACCCUCGCCGUGUGGGCAACGCAAGGCGGUAUCACGGUCGCGCUCCAGACACUGUCGACGUCCGAGCUCUUGGCGGCGACGCCGCCGCCGACAUGGACCGUCUCGGAGACGACAACGCGCCUCAACGAUGCCUGGAACAAGACGGUCAUCCGCUUGGGCCAAACGUGGCGCGUCGAAGCCGCGUGGAUGGCGUGGGACACGGCGACUGCGACGCGGACGCUCCAAGUGCGCGUCAAGGCGCCCACGAGCAGCACCCCGAAUGUCUCGCAAGUGGCCUUUGGCGUUGAGACACUGGCUGUCGAAAAUGUCACGAUUGUCGCGGACGACGCCACGAACCUUGAUGACGUGGCACCCCGUGCGCCGUCCACGCGUGCGUGCCCACCCCGCCUCGCGUUUGAAGCGAUCCCAGAAGCCUUCUUCGAGCAGACCCGUCCGGCGCUACCCGUGUGUGCGUCGUCGGGGACGCUGCCGCUGCGACUCAAGCUCUCCAAGCCCCUCGUUGCCAACGAUGCGCGCUACCACUCCAAGGCGGACCUCUUUGAAGCUGAGUUUCUUGUCGUGAGUCUUCAAGAGCACGACGUCAUCGCCACAACGUCGGCGCUUUCGGCCGAGCGCAAGCACAUUCUCGAGAUGGUCCAUGACCGAACGAUCAGCGUCGACGAGGCUGAGCGGCUCUUGCUCGCGACCGCCAAGACGGCGCCACUGGCCGCGACCUCGGACGGCAGCCUCACGCUCGUCGACGCCGCAUGCCAGCUGAGUGUCGACGACGGCGUGUCCUGGACGACCGCGACCAACGUGACGUGGGACAACCAUGACGCACUCUUGCUCAAGGUGCUGCGCGGCGACGUGCUUCGGUGCAAGGCCUCAGCCCUCUUCCCGGCUCCGACCAAAAGCGGCCAGUGGCGCAACCAGUCCUUCUUGACGCGCCGCAUGACGACGCCGGCGCGCCUGCGCUGGACGGUCGAGAGCGCGUUUGGCGAGACCUGCACGCUCGAGACGUCGUAUUUGAACCCGCCGCUGGCGCCGCUGCCGACCAAACACGUGUCUAACGACUUCUUUUUCGCGCACAUUGAUACUAUCGACGAAGGGUUUGAGCGCCGCUUUGUGCGGAUCCAACGGCCCACCAAAGACGACGAGAUAAGCUCGCCCCGCGUGCUCUGGAAAAUGGUCUCGGCGACCGGGCACACGACGACGCACUCGGUGACGACGCGGACGCUGCGCAAAUGGCGCCUUGAGCUCGCUGCCGGACAGACUGAGCUGCCUCUGGUUAGCGUGAGCGAGGAUGGCUGUGUCGAGUGGACGGGCCUCUUUGACGCAGACGCGCGUUUGGUCGCGCUCCGCGUCAAGCUCCUCGUGGACGAUGCGGUCGCAGAACACACGUGGGACGUACCGUGGACGCAAGUUGCAGCGACCUUGUCCAAAGCAGCCGCUUGAAGGCUGCGCUGCAUUCUCGAUUGCUAGCAAUGUACCGAACGAAGAGCAAUGUAGUAAUCUUGCGCAGUUCAUUUCGGCGACGGCACUUGUCGACGUGGGUUCUGGU